AUGGCCCAGGUGGAAGAUCUACCUUCGUCCAGGCUAGGAACGAAGGAGCACUGGGAUGAUGUAUAUGAACGGGAAGUCAAUAAUUUUGAAGAGAUAGGUGAAGAGGGAGAAAUAUGGUUCGGUGAAGAUAGCGUCGAGAAGAUGGUUGAUUGGGCUUUAGAUAAUGCAACGCCUGAAGAGAGUGGCCCGAGUGUGCUAGAUAUGGGAACCGGCAACGGUCAUCUAUUGUUCGAAUUGGUUAGCAACGGCUAUGAUGGCCAGUAUUUGAAGGGCGUUGACUACAGUCCUGCUUCUAUUAAGCUUUCUUACAACAUAGCCAAGAGCAGAGGCAAGGACUGUGAAGCAGUCUCGUUUGACGUGUUAGAUGUACUCGAUCAACAGCAGAUCAAUCGGCUAGGUGAAUGGGACAUCGUGAUGGACAAAGGGACAUUUGACGCUAUCUGUCUAUCGACUGGCUCAAACCGCCUUUUAUAUGCCAAGCACGCCGCGGACUUGGUGCGAAAAGGCGGUAAGCUUCUGAUUACAUCGUGUAACUUCACGGAGGAAGAGAUAAAAUCAACUUUCCUCAACCAAGACAGUGAGUAG